UAGAACAGCCUCUCUGUAAUGUCAUUCUCUCUCUAACCACUAGAGGGCAUCAGAACCUGUUAAAUAGAACAGCCUCUCUGUAAUGUCAUUCUCUCUCUAACCACUAGAGGGCAUCAGAACCUGUUAAAUAGAACAGCCUCUCUGUAAUGUCAUUCUCUCUCUAACCACUAGAGGGCAUCAGAACCUGUUAAAUAGAACAGCCUCUCUGUAAUGUCAUUCUCUCUCUAACCACUAGAGGGCAUCAGAACCUGUUAAAUAGAACAGCCUCUCUGUAAUGUCAUUCUCUCUAUAUUCACUACCUGGUGACUUCACAUCUCUAAUGGAUUUCCUCAAGAUAUGCAAUGUCACCUGUUGGUAUUGCCUCUAUGAAAGUUGACAUACGUCCUAUGUAGGGGGUUGUUCUCUCACCCCUUAUAAACUUGUUGUAUGUCUUAUGAAGACUGUAUGUAUGCUAUAUAAAGCCUUUAUAAGUUAUAUUUAGUUUAAUCAGUUUUUCCUUCUGCUUUACCAACACCAGAGACCAUGGUGGAGAGUGUUGGAUCAAGUCUGGACCUGAGAAAUGGAUUCCUCAGAGCUGUAAGACUUGUGACCAUGUUAAGGACUCUACACACUGGCUUCAGAUUGAACCCUUGACUUCCACUGUCCAGGGAGUGACAAUGUUCAGACACAGGACACCCAAAGGGAGUUAUGAGUGCACAGUGUCUGGUCUCCGCUGGCUGUGUGAGAGAGAUGUCAUUCUGAAUUAUCACUUCAGGAACUGGGAACCCUACAGUCAACUUCUGAAAGACAUGCAGUACACACAAGGUGGUCCAUUGCUGGACAUCACUAUGGAGUUAGGUGAACUGGAGGAAGUUCAUCUGCCACACUUUGUCUGUUUAGGGACCAACCCUUCCCUAAGGAAUGAGAUGAAGAUUCUUCAUGUAGAGGAACAUGGAGUGUCUUUAGAGGAAGUGCAUGAGGUCACCAGAUUCCAUGCUAAGAUUCUCCAUCCCAAGUUCUCAGCUAUCUCUCUGAUACUGAGAUUACUGUCUUGGAACGUACAUGUCCACUGUGAGCUGAUGCUCUAUCUGACAGUGAUUAAGGACAUAAAUAAACUAAUUCCACGCCUAUACCUGUUCCCCAGUAACCCCGGCCAAAUACAGGCUGUGGAACAACAGGAAUCAAAGUUUCAAGGGUCUAAAAGGUUUCCCAUCACAAGACCAGAGCAGUCCUUCAAACUGAAUAAUUACUUCAGACUGAACAUUAACAUUCCCUGUUCCUCCAUCACUCCACAGAGGAUUCAUCUCAUACAUAGAGACACCACACCAAGCUUUUUCAAGGUGGAUAUGGAAAUUACAGGGAUUGAGAUGGAGUUAAUCGGUGAUGAUGAGAGGAUAGUAUGGAAAGAAACUCUACAAAAAUAUGAAUUCAUCACUGAAACCCAUUCAACUAGUGCUGUGGUGGGGGCAGGAGCUCCAGCUGAGAGCAGUCUGACUGGUUCUGCUGAGCAGCAGCUGCGUUCUGUACGGACAGAGUUUGUAAAACGAGUAUCAGGACCUGUCCUGGAUGGUCUGCUGGACGGACUCCUGCAACACACAGUCAUCAACCAGGAGGAAAUGGAAUCAGUGAAGGUGAUAGCUAAGAGGGCAGAGAUGGCACGUGACAUCAUCGACAUGGUGUUGAGAAAAGGAAAUGAGUCAAGUUCCAGGAUGAUCAACCUUCUUUGGGAGCUGGACCCCUGUCUUUGUUCACAGCUUCAGAUCAACAGUUGUAGUCAACCCCUGGGGGUGGGGAGACCAGGCAGAAUAGACAGGCAGGAUGGUUCAACAUGUCCUUGCUGUCUGUUGCUUUAAUUCAGGGUCACAAAAAUGUACAGAAAAUGUCAAUCAAACAUGACCACUAUAAUAACAAUAAACUUACUGAAGGACCAACCACACAGCCUCUCUCCUUCUGCAGCCUCCUGGAAGUGUGGAUCUUCUAGCAGGAGGGUCAGUCAGUCCUCCACUAGGUACCUAGCUGGACCCCUAUCUAGCAGGAGGGUCAGUCAGUCCUCCACUAGGUACCUAGCUGGACCCCUAUCUAGCAGGAGGGUCUGUCAGUCCUCCACUAGGUACCUAGCUGGACCCCUAUCUAGCAGGAGGGUCAGUCAGUCCUCCACUAGGUACCUAGCUGGACCCCUAUCUAGCAGGAGGGUCAGUCAGUCCUCCACUAGGUACCUAGCUGGACCUCUAUCUAGCAGGAGGGUUAGUCAGUCCUCCACUAGGUACCUAGCUGGACCCCUAUCUAGCAGGAGGGUCAGUCAGUACAACACACAUUCAACAUAAAUGUAUUUUAUGAAUAUAUUGUACAGUGUUGGCCUGUUAGAGGUUCAUGAGAGAGACUGAAUAUCAACACAACCACCUCAGUCUUUCUCAGUGAGAGCCUCACGUCUGGAACACAUUGACCAUUGACAGAAAUAAGGAGCUGUGUAACCUGUCACUCCUUUACCAAUGACUUGAGAGUGGCUGAAGGACCUAUAAGGAGCUGUGUAACCUGUCACUCCUUUACCAAUGACUUGAGAGUGGCUGAAGGACCUAUAAGGAGCUGUGUAACCUGUCACCCCUUUACCAAUGACUUGAGAGUGACUGAAGGACCUAUAAGGAGCUGUGUAACCUGUCACUCCUUUACCAAUGACUUGAGAGUGUCUGAAGGACCUAUAAGGAGCUGUGUAACCUGUCACUCCUUUACCAAUGACUUGAGAGUGGCUGAAGGACCUAUAAGGAGCUGUGUAACCUGUCACUCCUUUACCAAUGACUUGAGAGUGGCUGAAGGACCUAUAAGGAGCUGUGUAACCUGUCACUCCUUUACCAAUGACUUGAGAGUGUCUGGAGGACCUAUAAGGAGCUGUGUAACCUGUCACUCCUUUACCAAUGACUUGAGAGUGGCUGAAGGACCUAUAAGGAGCUGUGUAACCUGUCACUCCUUUACCAAUGACUUGAGAGUGGCUGAAGGACCUAUAAGGAGCUGUGUAACCUGUCACUCCUUUACCAAUGACUUGAGAGUGGCUGAAGGACCUAUAAGGAGCUGUGUAACCUGUCACUCCUUUACCAAUGACUUGAGAGUGUCUGAAGGACCUAUAAGGAGCUGUGUAACCUGUCACUCCUUUACCAAUGACUUGAGAGUGUCUGAAGGACCUAUAAGGAGCUGUGUAACCUGUCACUCCUUUACCAAUGACUUGAGAGUGUCUGAAGGACCUAUAAGGAGCUGUGUAACCUGUCACUCCUUUACCAAUGACUUGUGAGUGGCUGAAGGACCUAUAAGGAGCUGUGUAACCUGUCACCCCUUUACCAAUGACUUGAGAGUGGCUGAAGGACCCAUAAGGAGCUGUGU